CUUUCAUCACUCUUCAUGUCUGGUGUUGUGUGCUUUCAUAUUCCCUCUGUCGUCCUUGUCCCUCAUCCGCCCCCAUGUCAACCCCUUCAACCCUCAAUCGCCUAAGAGCCUUCACCACAAGCUUCUUCACAAUGUCGUCCAGAUCCCAAUCUCCUUGUGGCAGCGGGCAGAGCAGUCCCUCACUGAGGGGUGCCGACUCUGGUUAUGCCAGCGCCAACAACAGUGAAUGUGGUAUGCCCGAGGUGUACUUUACCAAACCUCAUCUUCAGUUCUUGAACCGACAGCUCCAGUUCCUCGAACCUCAAGAGAUCCUGAGAUGGUGUAUCACCACGCUACCACACCUCUUCCAGACCACGGCUUUUGGCCUGACGGGACUGGUGCAGUUAGACAUGCUUUCAAAACUCAAGAUCCCUCGCCCUCAGAUGGUCGACCUCAUCUUCAUCGACACUUUACAUCACUUUCCUGAAACCCUCGAGUUGGUGGAAAAAGUGCGGGCAACCUACCCUUUGGUCAACAUCCAUGUCUUCAAGCCUGAAGGUGUUGAGACAGCUCAAGAAUUCUCUGAGAAAUACGGGGACAAGCUGUGGGAAACCGACGACAACAGAUAUGACUACUUGGUCAAGGUCGAGCCUGCGCAACGAGCUUACCGUGAGCUGCAGGCAUAUGCCGUGUUGACGGGCAGAAGAAGGAGCCAAGGAGGCCAGAGAGGCGACCUGGACAUCAUUGAGAUUGAUGAGGCCGGUCUGAUCAAGAUCAACCCGAUGGCCAACUGGUCAUUCCAGCAAAUUCAGCAGUAUGCCAAGGAAAAUGACGUCCCAUACAACGCCCUUUUGGACCGCGGGUACAAAAGUAUCGGUGAUUGGCAUUCAACCAGUCCAGUAAAUGAGAAUGAGGAUGAACGGUCCGGUCGGUGGAAAGGUAAACAGAAAACCGAAUGCGGCAUUCACAACCCUAGAUCGAAAUAUGCGUUGUUCUUGAUGGAGCAAGAAAAGAAGAGAGAACGGGAGGCUCUCGAGCAAGCAUUGCAACAAGUCACUCUCGAGGCAUGACCUCUUUCAGUCGACAGGGGUUUUGAUCUUACCAUUUUUUCAACAUAGCGCCGGCGUUCGGGAAUCAGCAUCAGCGAAGGGAUGGGGAAGUUCUGCAUGAGAAAGGCAAGGCGUCAGCCUGUAAGUUUAAGCGAUGCGAUAUGAACCUUGCAUCCAGACGGGCAGAUUUAGAAGAGCAAAUCACAAAAGCCAUGGCUGCCGCCUUGAUCACGGCCAGUCGCCCUUUGAUGGCAGCUUAUCCAGAUGAAAGAGACAAAGACUACAGUUUGGGGUCGACCCCUUGCUUAGCUCAAAAUAAAUAUAUUGAACCUA